AUGGUUGUCAGCAGGAAAAAGAAGUUUGUUAACCUAGAUUUCGUACCAACAAUUAGUGAUAGUGAAGAUGAUAUCCCAGAUCUAGAUGAAUCUGACAAUGAAAUUAAUCAGGGAAACUCAGCACCAGUGAAAAAUUCUUCAAAGAGUACUAAACAAAAGAAAAGCAAGACUAAAAAUAGCCAAGAAUUGGAUGAAGAUGUUCAUGAAGAUAUGAAUGGUGACUUUCAUUUCAAUACUGAUGGUGACGAAUUAACGACAAAAUUCGAUGGCUGGGAAUUUUUAGGUGAUAAGAAAGAAGAUCAAGCUAAAAGAGAUGUUGAUUUAGAUGGAAUUAUCAGAAGAAAAGGUGGUUUAAUUAAGAAAGCUCAUGUCGAAACUUCUGAUGAAGAACAAGAGGACGAGGAAGAUGAAGAUGAAAAGGAAGAAGAAGAAGAAGAAGAAGAAGCGCAAGAUAAGGGAGAUGACGAUGAAUUAGCUAUGGAUGGUUUUGGUAUGGGUAAUGCUAAGACGACUAAUGAAGCUGCUGAUGAAGAGGAUUCAGAGAGUGAAGAUAUGUCAGCCGAUGAAGAAGAAAAUGAUGGCACUUCAGAAUUAAAUAUCCCAGGAGGUGAUGAGAAAGAGGAAGAAGAAGAUGAUAGUGAAGAAGCAAAGGCUAACUUUUAUGCUCCAGAAAAUGAAGGUGAUGAGGCAAAGAAACAAGUGCACAAUACCUUUAAUACCUUAUCUUUAUCACGUCCUGUUUUGAAAGGUUUGGCUGCACUUGGAUAUUCAAAACCAUCUCCAAUUCAAAGUGCCGCAAUUCCAAUUGCUUUAUUAGGUAAAGAUAUUAUUGCAGGUGCCGUGACUGGUUCUGGUAAGACUGCGGCAUUUAUGAUUCCAAUUAUCGAACGUUUGUUAUAUAAGCCCGCUAAAGUGACUUCAACAAGGGUUAUUGUUUUAACUCCAACUCGUGAAUUGGCUAUUCAAGUCAGCGACGUGGGUAAGAAAGUCGGUAAAUUUGUUAAUGGUGUUACUUUUGGUUUAGCGGUUGGUGGUCUGAAUUUGAGACAACAAGAACAACAAUUAAAAUCUAGACCAGAUAUUGUCGUUGCUACUCCAGGUAGAUUUAUUGAUCAUAUCAGAAAUUCAGCUAGUUUUAAUGUUGAUUCUGUUGAAAUUUUAGUCAUUGAUGAAGCUGAUAGAAUGUUAGAAGAUGGGUUUCAAGAUGAAUUAAAUGAAAUUAUGUCCUUGUUACCAAGUAAAAGACAAACUUUACUAUUUUCUGCAACUAUGAACUCAAAGAUUAAACAAUUAAUUUCUUUGUCUUUAAAGAAACCUGUUAGAAUUAUGAUUGAUCCUCCAAAACAAGCUGCUGCCAAAUUGGUUCAAGAAUUCGUUCGUAUCCGUAAGAGAGACAAUUUAAAGCCAGCUUUAUUAUAUACUCUAAUUAGAAAACUAGACGGUGCAGGCCAAAAAAGAAUUGUGGUAUUUGUUGCAAGAAAGGAAACAGCCCACAAAUUAAGAAUUAUAUUAGGGUUAUUGGGUCAAAGUGUGGGAGAAUUACAUGGUUCUUUAACCCAAGAACAGCGUUUAGAUUCUGUUAACAAAUUCAAGUCUUUAGAGGUACCGGUAUUACUUUGUACAGAUUUAGCUUCCAGAGGUUUAGAUAUCCCUAAAAUUGAAGUUGUUAUCAAUUAUGAUAUGCCAAAAAGUUAUGAGAUCUAUUUACAUAGAGUUGGUCGUACAGCAAGAGCUGGAAGAGAAGGUCGUUCCGUCACCUUUGUUGGUGAAGCUUCACAAGAUAGAGUCAUCGUAAGAAGUGCCAUACGAAGUGUGGAAGAAAACAUCGGAAGAGGUAAAGCAUUAGGUAGAAAUGUCGAUUGGAAUCAAGUUGAGGAGACAAAUAAAUUAAUUGAAAAGAUGGAUACUACUAUUGAUGAAAUUUUAGAUGAGGAAAAACAAGAAAAAGAAAUUAUUAGAGCAGAAAUGGAAUUGAAGAAAAGUGAAAAUUUAUUGAAGCAUAAGUCUGAAAUUCAAUCAAGACCCAAAAGAACAUGGUUUCAAACUGAGACUGAAAAGAAAAAUGCAAAAAUCUUUGAUGCUUUAUCUAAAAAUAAGAAAACUACGAAUAGCAAGAAGAGGAAGAGACAAGAAGCAAUGGAAGAUUCUUCAUCUUCACGUUCAUAUAAGAAAACUAAAAAUGACCGUGCACAAGAUCAAGAAAGAACAUUCAAAAAGCAAAAGGCCCCAAAAAAUGACAAAAAGAAAGUCAAAUAUAUGAAAGGUAGAAACUAA